CACGCAUGCACGCACGCACGCACACACACACACACACACACACACACACACACACACACACACACACACACACACACACACACACACACACACACACACACACACACACACUCUCUCUCUCUCUCUCUCCAGAACUGUGAGGUGACAGAAGCAUUUGCGGAUCCUUUCAUGGAUCUCAGCUGGAUGUUCGGUAGAAUUCCUGAACUUGAAGAAUUUCCUGCUGCAGCUGGAGCAUCCCGUUGAAUAGGAGGAAGUUGUGUUGCAACCCGUUUUCCUCUCAGACCCACUUCCCUUCAGUCGUUCAGUUGGACUCAUCGUUGGCACGGAGAGCAGCCGAGGAACAUGGUUACCCUGGUUCUACUGCUAGGAUUCUGCUGUCUAUACACAACGUCCUCUUCCAUUUUUCAUCCACCCGAACAUGAACUGGUGGAGCUCUACAGCACUGAUGAUGUCAGCAGUCCUCCCACAGCCAUCACUACUGAGCCAUUUGCUAACAUGAACAGAACUCACAGAACCACUAAACCCUCCAGAACCUCCAACAUCCACAGUUCACCAUCUGAAACCGUUUUGACUCAUGUGAAUACCACCAGACCACCAGAUUUGCAUCCAGAUGCUUCAUCUUCAGUCACACAGCUAUCACUCUCACCCAGUCCAGCAGUGCUCACCACUGACCAAUCAGACAAGCCAGACAGAACAUCAGAAAUAAGACAGUCACAGCUCAAGAUAGAAGCAGCAUCAGUGCAGUCAGAAGGGCCCAACACAUCGGCCUCUCCACAUGAAAACCAGCAGAAUUCAACAUGGAGGAGAACCAUACGUCUGAUUUUCCCUACAGGUCCUCCGCUGACGAGCAUGGGCGAAACAAAGAUGGUCACAGUUCCAUCUGGUUACUUGUCUGGAGCUGCUGUUUCUGAGUCAACAACACCUCAAUCUUCUGAUAAGGACAUAUAUACCUCAGCUCCCCCUGCUGUAGAUGACCCAUCUGUCAAGUCUCACCUCAAACCUGCAAGAAGAAUUAUGACAGAGACAGGCACAUCACCACUCACACAUGCUUCCACAGGGGCAGUAACACCUACUAUUACACCCACGGUAACAUAUGCUACUACACCUGCAGCAUCAUUUGCUAUACCUGCAGAAACCACUACUGCAAUACCUGCUACGGCACCUGCAGAAACACUUUCUUCUACAUCUGUAGCAACGGUUUCUACUACACCCACGAUAACCCAUACUGCACCCACAGUAAAUACUGCACCCACAGUAACACCUACUGGUACAUCCACAGUAACACAUACUACACCCACAGUAGCACCUGCUACUACACCCACAGUAACACAUACCACACCCACAGUAACACCUGUUACUACACCCACAGUAACACCUGCUACUAUACCCACAGUAACACCUGCUGGUACAUUCACAGUAACAUCUGCUACUACACCCACAGUAACACCUACUGGUACAUCCACAGUAACACAUACUACACCUAAAGUAACACCUACUGGUACAUCCACUGUAACACCUGCUACUACACCCACAGUAACAUAUACCACACCCACAGUAACACCUGCUACUACACCUGCAGUAACACCUGUUACUACACCCACAGUAACACCUGCCACUACACCCACAGUAACACCUGCUACUACACCCACAGUAACGCCUGCUGGUACAUUCACAGUAACAUCUGCUACUACACCCACAGUAACACCUACUGCUUCACCUACAGUAACACAUACUACACCUAAAGUAACAAUAGUUACUACAUCCACAGUAACAAUGGCUACUACACCCACAGUAACACCUACUACUACACCCACAGUAACACUAGCUACUAUAUCCUCUGUAACAUCUGCUACUACACCCACAGUAACGCCUACUACUACACCCUCAAUAACACCUGCUACUACACCCACAGUAAAGCCUACUACUACACCCAGAGUAACACCUGCUACCACACUCACAGUAACACCUGCUACUACACCCACAGUAACACCUACUACACCCACAGUAACACCUGCUACUACAUCCACAGUAACACCUGGUACUACACCCACAGUAACGCCUAUUACUACACCAACAGUAACACCUGCUACUACACCCACAGUAACACCUACUACUACACCCACAGUAACACCUACAUUAACACCUACUACACUCAUAGUAACACCUGCUACAUCACAGACAGUAACACCUGCUACUACACCUGCUGCAAAACCUGCUACUGCACCUUCCAUAAUACCAGCUAAUAGACCUGCUAUUACACUGACAACAGUACCUACAACCCCUACUACUACACCUACAGCAACCACUCCCUCAGCAGGUUGGAUGACUACUGUCAAAACUACACCACUGUACCCUGCCAGCAUCUCCACCAGAACCUCAAGCAGAACCGUUUCACCUGCUGCUCGCUCCACCACACCUGUCCAGACUGUGGUGAGGCCCAGAUGUUCUGUGAAGCUGACAGAGAUCAGGUCCAGCUCAGACUCAGCAGUGGUUCGACUCACUGCUGCUUGUUUGUCACCGAACCUCAUCGUUGUCCCAACCACUGGCUUCCGGUCGAAUGCUGUCCACUGCAGCCCAGAGGGACAUGCUGAAUCUGUAUUCAUCUGUAAAGUGACAGAGCUAGAACCAGGAACGUUAAACCAGCUGAUGGUGAUCUCUAAGAAGGAUGGAGAGAAGAGCUUUGGCGUAGUGCGUUCAGCUCCUUCAGUUGUGGAAAACCUGGAAGCGACGUCCUUGUCCUCAGACCGUCUUGUUGUGUCAUGGAAAGCUGGCAGAGGACACAUAGAGAACCUUAGAGUCCUGCUGGUGGAUCAGAAUCGAGUUUCCUUAAGGAACAUCAGUGCGAAGAAUACCACCACCUCUGCAGAACUGACUGACCUGCUGCCAGGGACACUGUACAAUAUCACCGUGGUUACUGAGGCUGUCGGUCUGCAAGGCUUUGCCUUCACGCAAGCAUACACAGUUCCUGCUGCUGUGUCAAAUCUGACCCUAAACAAUCAUGGCAGCUCAGAGAGUCUUGAGGCCUCCUGGACCAGACCUAAAGGGGGUGUGGACUUUUAUUUGGUGACUCUGCAGGCUCCUGAGUCGACUCCUCAACAACGCAUUCUGCUCUCCAACAUCACCCAGGAAGUGUUUGUGGGUCUGACCCCUGGGCGCCACUACCUGUUGUCCGUCAUCUCCUCAGCUGGAGGUCAGAGUUCGGAGAGUAGGGCUGUUGGGAGGACAGUUCCCGGUCGGGUGUCGUCUCUCUCCAUGUCCAUUGACAGCAGCACACUGCAACUCACCUGGUUGCCCCCCAGAGGUGACUGGGAUGCCUACAGUGUCGUAAUAACAAAUGGCUUGGCGGUUCUGCUGAAUCAAACAGUCAGUAAGUGGAGCAGGCAGCUUGAGGUGUCUGUCCACAGCCUCGGGCUGGUCCCAGGAUGUGUCUACCACUCGGAGCUCUCGGUGCACAGCGGCGCUCUGGCGAGCACGGCACACUGCAGCAGCAGGCUUGAACCUCGGCCCGUGCAACAGCUGCUUGUUCGUCAGGCUGAUGAGACGUCUCUUGGGAUCCAGUGGAGCCGGCCUGUUGGACACUGGGAUAACUUCACAGUCCUUCUGAAGGACAAGAACCCUGACAGCCACUGGACCAAGAGCGUUCUGAGCUGGGAAACCAGAGACUGGACCUUCAGAGGGCUGACACCAGGACGCUGCUACACGGUUACGGUGUCAACCAACAGUGGCAACCUGAGCACCUCAGUCUCUCUGACAGCAUGGACCACACCAGCUCCGGUUGGCUGGCUGCAGGUCUCCAGCCUGGGCAGCACCAACAGCCUGCAGACGCAGUGGGACCUGUCCUCCGGGGAGGCGGACUCGUAUCAGAUUCUGCUCAUCCAUGACAGCAGUGUCAUCAGAAAUGAGAGCAUGGCAGCAAACUUCAGCAGCAUCAUCUUCCGGACUCUGACACCUGGAGCUCUGUACAAGGUGGUGGUCAUCACCAUCAGAGCGGGACUUGCUUCCAGACAGGCUGUAGCUGAGGGACGCACAGUCCCCGCAGCAGUCACUGAUGUCCGGGUCAGCAACAACGGUCGAACGGACUUUCUCACCGUCUCUUGGAAUCAGGCUGCCGGCGACAUAGACAGUUACCUGGUGACCCUUAGAGACGGUGAAAAGACGCUUCACACCCUGGCUGUCUCUAAGUCCAAUCCUGGCUGUGUCUUCAACUCACUGGUGUCUGGACGCCUCUACAAUAUCUCCAUCACCUCCUGCAGCGGCCAUGACCAGAAUCACACCUUCAUCCAGGAGAGAACACAACCGUCGAAGGUCCAGAACCCUACGGCGACCCACGGUGCCCGGGAUGACUACUUGAAGGUGUACUGGCGUCAUGCUGUCGGAGACUUUGACCGGUACCAGGUGUUCAUCAAACACAACAACACCUUCUUGCAGAAUAAGACGGUGCCGAAGACACAGAGCGAGUGUGUCUUCAUCGGUCUGGUACCAGGCCGGCUCUACACGGUGCUGGUGAACACCUGGAGUGGACUGUAUGAGGCCAGCACCUCUACCCAUGGCAGAACCUUCCCUGCAGCAGUCCAAUCCUUGGUUCUGGCUGGACAGGGGACAGAGGAGCUCCGGGUGGUGUGGACGGCAGCUCCAGGUGAUGUGGAUCACUAUGAGGUGCAGCUGCUCUUCAGCGACAUGAAAGUGUUUCCUCCCAUCACCCUGGGUAGCUGGGUAGAGGAGUGCAUCCUGUCAUCACUCACACCUGGACGGCUCUACAAAAUCCUGGUGUCCACCUUCAGCGGUCCAAACCAGAAGGCUCAGUACAUUGAGGGCCGCACAGUUCCCAGUAGAGUGAAGAACAUCCAUGUGAGUGGAGACAGCAGCAGCCUGAAGGUGAGCUGGACUCCCGGACCAGGGGACUUGGACGGAUACUCUGUUUUUUUGUACCGAGAGAGCCAAGAGCCAGCUAUCCGACACGUUCUAAAGCACCAGAACGAGGUGUCAUUUGACUGGCUGCAGCCAGGUCAGCUGUACGCUGUGAUGGUUCAGACGGUGAGCGGAGAGCUGCUGAACAACAACACAGCCACAGGACGCACAGUUCCAUCAGCAGUCACGGGCCUGCAGGUGGAGAAUAUCGUCAGCACCUGCAGCAUCCAGGUGAGCUGGCAGGAAGUGCUGGGUGUGGCAGAUGGCUACAUUCUGCAGGUUCUGGAUGAACGAGGCGGCACGGUGGCCAGUGCCUGGAAGCCAUUUGGACUCACCCGCUACAGGUUUGAUGGGCUUACUCCAGGCAAGAGGUACCGGGUCCUGAUCCAGACCACCAGUGGGGAUGUCCACAGUCUGGUGGUCAGUGCUGAGGCACGAACAGGCCCCGCCUCCAUUACAGACCUGUCUAUCAAAACCACCACCACCACCAGCCUGUCCUUCCGCUGGUCUCCACCAGAGGGAGACUUCCAGCAUUAUGAGGUAUUUCUGUAUAAAAGUGAUGAGUCGCUACAAGAAAGUCAGCACAUCCAGCCCAGCAGCCAGGAAUGCUCCUUCCAGGGUCUCAGACCUGGAGCUCCAUACAGGAUGGUGAUCCAGACCCACAGCGGAGACCAAACGAACCAGACCUCCAUGUGGGCCAGGACAGUACCAACAGCUGUGGUGUCUCUGACGGCUCGGAGCAUCAACCAGUCUGAUGCUCUGUGGGUGAACUGGAAUCGUGGUGCUGGCGAUGUGAGUGGGUACCUGCUGUCUCUCUACAACCUUGAUGGUUCCCGGCAGGCUGAGCAGCAGCUGGGCUCAGAAGCUACAGAUGGUGUCUUCUCAGGGCUUGUUCCAGGGAGGCAGUACCAAGCAGAAGUUCUGAGUUUAAGCGGAGAGCUCCAGAACCGAGCCAGCACCAUGGGCAGGACUACUCCCAAACCUCCUGUCUCCUUCCUGUUUGGGGGAGUCACCAACACCUCCCUGGAGAUCACCUGGAGUGGUCCUGCGGACUGUGACUAUGAUGACUUUGACCUUCAGUGGUCUCCUCCAGACCAACUCUCCAUCAUCAACCCUUACCAAAGCCGAUUGUCCUGUAGCCGAAUUCUGAAAGGGAUGUUCCCGGGAAGACGCUACACCCUCAGCCUUCGCACCAUCAGUGGGGCUAUACAGCCAGGAGACACGCCUACCUACAGCAUUCCCAUCCAAAACAGCAUCCGGACCAAGCCAAAGCGAGUACACAGCCUUCACUGUCGUCCUCAGAGCGCCACCUCCAUCUCCUGUUCUUGGGGACCUCCAGAGGCCGACUUUGACUCCUACUCCAUUGAGUGUCUCCACCAGGAGUCCCACACUCUGGUCUAUUCACGACGCGUUGGACAAGACUCCAGCAGCUACACCAUCACCCAGCUGGAGCCCCAUAAACACUACACCAUCUCUGUGAAAGUCAUCUCUGAUAGGACCACCAGUGAAGAGGCGGUGGACAGCGUAGUCACCAUGAUUGACCGUCCUCCUCAGCCUCCAGUCAGUGUCCGGGUCAGUGUAAAGACUGCUAUGGUCACCAAGUCCUCCAUCUCAUUCCAGUUCAACUGCAGCUGGUUCAGUGACAUCAAUGGAGCAAUCAGGUUCUUCACUGUGGUGGUGAUGGAGUCUGAAGGUGUCUCUGAAAUGCAGCCAGACCAGCGGCACCCCCUUCCCUCCUACCUGGAUUACAGAUCCAACAGCUCCAUCAAGUCCUACCAGACCAGCUACUUCACAAGCCACUGCUCUGAGGGCCCUGACAGCAGCACCUUUACCUAUAACAUCAGUCUGGGGACAGGGAUGGACUUGCUGGGGGGGUCCUGUGAGUCCAGCAGAGACCUGGGCCACCUCUGUGAUGGACCACUGAAAACCAAGACUUCCUACAGGCUCAGCAUCAGAGCGUUUACUCAGAUGUUCGAGAAAGAAACAACAGACUCACAAGCGUGGUCUCCUCUGUUUACUGACACCUUCCUUUCAACACCUGUCAUCACAAAGACCGAGCCGCUAAGUGGUGUCAUAGAAGGGAUCAGCGCUGGACUCUUCCUCAUCAUCAUGAUCAUAGGAAUCACUGCUCUCCUCAUCUGCAGACACAGAGCUCACAAACUGGUGGUGGAGAGAUCAGUGGCCAGACUGAGUGUGAGGAGAGAGGGAUCAUCAGCAGGAGUACAGUUGGGCAUCAGAGGCAGCAGAAGAGUCUCCAGUCCCAUCAAGGUCACAAACUUUGAGUCUUACUACAACAAACUACUCGCUGAUUCCAACUACCUGCUGUCGGAGCAGUACGAGGAUCUGAAGGAUGUUGGUCGUAAUCAGCCUCUGGACUCAGCUCUACUGCCAGAGAACCGUGGGAAGAACCGAUACAACAACAUUUUACCCUACGACUCAACAAGGGUGAAGCUGUCCUAUGUAGAUGAUGAUCCCUGUUCAGACUACAUCAAUGCCAGCUACAUUCCAGGGAAUCAUUUCCGUCGGGAGUACAUUGCCACACAGGGUCCUCUGCCAGGAACAAAGGAUGAUUUUUGGAAGAUGGUUUGGGAGCAGAAUGUCCACAACAUGGUGAUGGUCACUCAGUGUGUGGAGAAGGGCCGGGUGAAGUGUGAUCACUACUGGCCCUUUGAUCAGGAUCCUCUGUACUACGGAGAUCUGAUAGUCCAGAUGUUGUCUGAGUCAGUUCUGCCAGAGUGGACAAUCCGAGAGUUCAGAAUCUGCAGCGAGGAGCAGCUGAGCUUCAGCCGUCUCGUUCGACAGUUUCACUACACAGUGUGGCCUGAUCAUGGAGUUCCAGAGAGCACGCAGUCACUUGUCCAGUUUGUCCGAACCGUCCGGGACUACAUCAACAGGAGCCCCGGUUCUGGUCCCACUGUGGUUCACUGCAGUGCUGGUGUGGGUCGUACAGGAACCUUCAUUGUGCUGGACCGAUUGCUGCAGUUGCUAAACACCAGAGACACGCUGGACAUCUAUGGUGCUGUUUUUGACCUGCGACUCCACCGAUCCCACAUGGUGCAGACAGAGAGUCAGUACCUGUACCUGCAUCAGUGUGUUCGGGAUGUCCUGAGAGCUCGAAAGCUGCGCAGCGAGCAGGAGGACCUUGUCUACCCAAUGUGAGCUCCAGCCACAGGAACGGAGAACCAGCAGGAAGUCACAGUGCAGCUCAUCCAUGACUAUGGGAAGACCUGCCAACCACAAAUAUUGAUUCUUUUCCAUGGAGAUGCUGUGACAGUGUUCAUAUUUGAUCUGAAGCUUUAAUCUAAUUUAUGUAACAUGAGAACUGAAUAGUGUCUGUUGUUGUACACAAAGUGUGUCGUGGUGACGCUGCUAGACGACACUGACCCAGCCUUUCCAAUGGAUAAGUAAGCGGCGCGUAACGUAGGAGACCCACUCCGAUCCGAUGCGUUUAGAUGUGAAACGACGACAAAAGCCUUCCACGCUGCUGGUCCUGCAAGGUGAUGAAAUCAUAGGUAAAUUGCAACACCAUGCAUGAUUUAGCAGUUGACAAGAUAAGCAAAGAGAAAGAUGACAACAUGUAUCCAAAAGGGUCUGUCUGUUGGCCUCGGCUACGGAGAUGUCUCGGGUAAUGACAUACUUCUGUUACUAGUUAAGCAACUGGGAGUCUGUACGUGACUUUGUUUUUAAAGUUUCCAGGUUUUUUGACACUGCUUUUGUGUUAGACUUCCUGUCUGGCCUGAUUUGAACUGUUAGAUGUGUUCUGGAAGCGUAGCAUGUAAAAAAAAAAAACAAAAGUAACAUGUACCCAGGGGCGAAAAUCCCUCAUCAUUG